CAGGCGCCGCGUGACGGGGCGGGGGGAGUUGGGCAACUUUCAGUUUCGGGCAUUGUGGGAAGCGCGAUGCGCGGCCGGGACUGGGGCCGGGGUCGCACCGGCCACUGAGGCGCGGCGGCGGGGUGGGGGCUGCUCCCGCGCCCGGGGCGCCAUGAUACGCUUUAUAUUACUGUUCAGCCGACAAGGGAAGCUAAGACUUCAGAAGUGGUAUACUACACUACCUGACAAAGAGAAGAAAAAGAUCAUACGGGAAAUUGUACAGAUUAUUCUGGCUCGCAAUCAAAAGAUGAGCAGUUUUGUUGACUGGAAAGACCUGAAGCUUGUUUACAAAAGGUAUGCUAGUUUAUAUUUUUGCUGUGCAAUAGAAGACCGAGAUAAUGAGCUGCUGGCACUAGAAGUUGUUCAUCGUUAUGUAGAGCUACUGGAUAGGUAUUUUGGAAAUGUAUGUGAGCUGGAUAUUAUCUUUAAUUUUGAAAAGGCUUAUUUUAUUCUUGAUGAAUUUAUUCUGGGUGGAGAGAUACAAGAGACUUCAAAGAAAUCUGCAGUAAAAGCUAUAGAAGAUUCGGACAUGUUACAAGAGACAAUGGAAGAAUACAUGAAUAAACCCGCAUUUUAACUUUAAAUCCAUCUGAAGAGACAGAGAUGCUGCAUAUUACUUGUAAAGUUCAGUUGUUGAAAUUUGUUUUCCUAUGUGCCAGAUCCUCUGAGAGAUACCAAAAAGCAAUAACUAAAGGGAUUUGCUUGUAUAAUAGUCAAAAUGAAGGUCAUCUACAGCAGUGUAUGGGUCACAACUGCAUACCUGUAUUAUACUGUAUAUGAGUUUGUUAAACUGUUAUAAAACUUAAUCUAGCUACCAUCUUCACCCCCUAGAGUGGAAUCCUUGUUUUAUGACUUCUGGCUACAAGCCUUUUCACUUGGAUAUUAAGAACAUACUUGCAACAGAUAUUUAUGCUAGUUUUGGUCUACUGCUGACUACAUUACACUUUUUGUAGAAAUGUUCAUUAUUUUGAAUGUAAUGAUUGUCCUGGUCUAAUAAUUUUUUUAAAGACAA